AUGCCUGCCAUUUUGUCACUAUCGUUAAUAAAUGGUAUGCCUGCUUCGUUGGCGAACUGGAUGGCACAUUUGCCCCCUGAGAUGACUGAUCGACCUAUUCACUCACUUAAAAUCCCUGGAUCACAUGAUUCCGGAGCGACAAAAUCCCUUAGCCUGAAGCUCCCUGUAGCAAACGAUGAAAGUGCUCCUAUUCGUCAGCUGGGGAGGGCUCCAUGCAUACGUCGUGGAAUUAAGAGAUGGGCUGUUACUCAAAGCUACUCCGUACGGCAACAACUUGAUCUUGGCAUUCGAUAUUUUGACUUACGUGUGUCGUAUCCACCGCUGAAAAUCCGCGAUUCUAGCACGGAUUUUCGACUAGUUCAUGCCCUUUACGGGCCCAAAUUAAAGGAUGUAUUUGAGCAAAUUCUUGAUUUUCUCACUGUGAAUACAAGAGAGAUUAUUGUUCUGGAUAUGAAUCAUCUUUAUGAUUUCGACACGCAAGCUUACAAUCUGCUUCACGACGAAACGAUCAAGUCGUUGGGAAGAUCACUCUUCUGUCCUAUUAAUCCUCCAAGCAGAAUCUCUCUCGAUUUUAUGUGGAGGAAUGGAUAUCGGUUUAUAGUAUUCUGUUGUUAUACCAACGAGUCAGCUCUGUUUUGGCCGAGCUACCUGAUUCCGUCGCCAUGGCCGGAUACCAACAAAGUUGAUAUUCUUCUACGGAUCCUUGAGUCUGACCUGGAAAUACGCUGCGAUGAUCCAGAUCGUCAAGGAUUUUUCGUUUCUCAAGGUGUUUUAACACCUAAAAACUAUGAUGUGGUCUCUAAAUGGUUCUCAUCGCUUCGCUCUGCUCUAUCACAACGGGCCACGGAACGGGUACUACAGUGGCUUGCUGAUCUUGAUAAAACGAAGAGAGAGAAGGUGAACGUCGUCAUUUUGGAUUUUGUCGACGAGGAAUCUUCUAGCUACAUAAUUUCGCUUAAUGGCAUUCAUCUGAAUUCGGCGUCUUCCUCAUGA